GUCCCUGCUCCCUCCCUCAACCGCCCCUGUUUUGUUGUUUGGCUAAAGAUGGCGUUAGCGGCUAACACAGACGAUUGGAUUUUGUUUCACAAAAAUUAUUCGGCCAGUGGUAACAAAACAUUGAUCAAGUAGAGCUUUAAUUCGUCAUUUGAUGUGCAAAAAUGUGUUACACUGAGCAAAUAAACGUCCAUUACGUAGAAUAACGUUUGUUCGGCCUUCUCACGAUGUAGGCCUGUUUUUAGGGAGUGGACCGAAGCUGUUGGAACUCCAUUUCCCGUCAGCGAGUUCGGCGUCAGGUGGUACAACUUUCCUUUUUCACGGUAUCUGUAGUUUUCUGACCACACCACAAUGUUAUUUUUGCGGAAACUUUGAAAAAAUAUGAAUUGACUCAUUACGAACACACAUUCACCAGUUGAGCAAACAAGCUAACAAUUUAAAGCGAAAGGACAUGUUAUUUAAUUUCUUAGUAUUUCACUGGAAGCGCCCAGUGAUACUCCACGGUGUGUUUAAUAUCUGUCUAAACUGAGAGGAGGAAAAUUAAGAUAAUUGAACCUGUAGCCUGCCAGGCAGAGGGACCAUGGCUGCAUCACCUGUUCAAAGUGACUGGAAACAAUCUCGAGCACCCUCCAGAGAAGGGCACCCAUCAUCACCAGAGUCGUCUUUGACCUGGUGCUUGGCACACCUCUCCAAACCUGGAUCAGGAGCUGAACAUCACGGGCAUGGCAAGGCUGACUCAGGCGGUGGCAGAGAAAUGGACAAGAGGUCCAGAGUCUCUCAGUGGCGAGCUCUGGUAGCUAUCCGGACGCAGCACAUCAAGGGUGACAAGGCUGGCAUUGCCAGAUUCAGAACUCAAGGUGGUCUCCAGCCCCUGCUGGGCCUGCUCAAACACCCACAAUGCUCCAGGAAAACCCUGGACCUGGCUCUGAGCAUCCUGGCAAACUGCUGCACUGAGCUGGAGACACGUAUAGAGGUUCGUAAGCUUGAUGGAAUAAAUAUUGUAGUGGAGAUCCUGAAGAGAAAUAUGGCCCUGGACACGGUCCAGAACAGAGCAGCCCGGGCUUUGGGAAACUUGGCCAUGGAUCCAGAGAGCUCUGCACUCAUCCACUCUUCUGGUGGUGUUCCUCUUCUCCUCCUUUGUGUGUCUCUUCCUUCUAGCCAGUCCUCCCCUGCUGCUCCACUCAAAGACCCCUGUCCUAAACUGGAGUGUGCUCAGUCGGCUGCUCGGGCUCUCCUCUACCUCUCAGAUACGCCCUCUAACCGCCUGUCACUGCUCACCCAAGGGACCAUAUCUGCUCUUGCACCUCUAAUUGCUCCAGAAUAUCCCCAGGCGCUGAGGCGGGCGGCGCUCAGGACCCUCCACGAGCUGACCCGGGGCUGUGGUGUUGAAUGUGCCAGGGAGGUGUCCCGUUCCGGAGUCCUCGCUCAGCUCAGUGUCAUGGCGUCGGGUGAGUCAGGUAAACCUUUUGAGGAGCUGGCACUGAAAACCCUGGCCAACAUGUGCUCCCAAGGCUGCCUGCGCCCUCUCGUGGGAUCACUGGGGGUCAUUCAGAAGUUUGCUGAGGAGGUCAAGAGGGACCCACUGAGGUCUGGAGUCUUCCUCAAGGCGCUGUGCUUGUGCUGCAAGGAGGCGGUCAACCGGGCUAAGGUGAAGGAGAGUUGUGGACUGGAGGUGCUCAUUGGCUUUUUGGCUGCCCAUCAGAGUCAUCCCCUUUCCCGACUAGCCAUCCUGGCCUGUGUAGACUUUGUUUUUGAUGAAUCUGCUAUGGAGCAAUUGCAAGAGCUAGGGCUGGUCCCUCUGCUUGUUGCACGACUAGUUGAGCUCACCAGAGGCGAGGAACCAUCUGCUGAGAAGAUGGAUGUAAGCCUCUCCUCCAGCAUGUCUCCUGAGCUCCUGCCCUCUUCAUGUUUUGACUCCUUUGACUUUCCUCCUCCUGAGGGCUACAAGAAGGAGGAAUCUGGUAGGGAGCAAGGUCUAUGUUCAUCAAGCUUUUUGAGUCUCAGGUCCUGGUUGUUGUCUGAGGGACUGAUCUCUUCAGAGGGGGACCUGCUGGAUUCCUCUGGUGUUGAAGGGGAAUGGGGGGGUCUUCAGAUCCCACCGUCUUCAUCCCCUCAAACCUCCUCCCCAAACCCUGAUUCCCUUUCCUCUCUUAAAAACUCUUCUCCACCCAAUCCUACUGCCUCUUCCACUUCUUCUAAAAAAGCAGCUCAGCCUUCCCCUGUGUCCUCUUCGGCCCAGCCCCAACCGUCAUCCUCAUGGAAAAACACUGAUCCACCUCCCUCUAGUCCUCAACCUUCCGGUGCGCUCACACCCCAAACCCAGCCCAGUUCCUCCACUAUCUCCUCUCCCACUAAAACAACCCAAACACCAGUCUCUCCAUCAAAGUUCUCAUCCCCUCACAGAAGGAGGCAGCGUGCUCAUUCAGCAGCUUGUUUGACUAAAGUCACUCUUGAUACCCCUCCCUCUGUGCCCCGCCCGAUGGCUUACCACCACCCCUACCACCCUGAACCCUGGACUCCCGAGUCACCCAUCCUACUGCUGCUGUCACGCUUCUCCCACGCCACCGACCCAAGUGCUGCUCUGGUUAGCUCAGGCGUCAUGUCUGGCUUGCUCUACUACCUCACCCAGCACCAGGACCCCAGCAGCAGGUGCCUCCGUAUGCUUUGCCGGCUGAGCUGCAACCCAAACUGUUUGCAGGCGCUGGUCCGAACUGGCUCGGUCGCACUGAUUCGACACCAUCUCUGCCAGAGAGGGGGAGGAUUUGAGGGAAAGGGGAGACAGACGGACCGAGUGAAAGCCAAAGUUAAACAACUUGGUCUUGCUCUUCUUAAUAAUCUGCGUGUCCAGUGUGAGUCUGGAUAUGGCUCUGGGGUUCUUGCCCAUGUGAUGCUGUCAGGCUCUGAGUCUGACAAGAUGAACUGUGCACUGUCUCUGCCAUUAAUCAGCAGCAACAAGUCCCUGUUGAAGAAACUUCUUCUGGACAGCGGUGGGCUGCUCUUGGCUCUGCAGCCCCUUGGUUGCGAUGACGAUGAAGUGGAUGAAGACCACCCCACUGAAUGUGGGCGAUGGCUUUCUGAUUGGUUAAAUUCACCGCAUUCAGGCCUGACUUCUCAGCUCCACUCGCUGUACUUCUCUCUCCUGAUUGGAUGCCUGUCUACCCUGAUGGGUGGCAUAAAAAUGGAGCUUGACAAAAAACAUCUAAAUCCAGUUGCAACACAGUCAGUCAGUAAAAUUGACAGAGUUUCACCCCCUCCCUCGAAAAAGCCUCGCUUGGCUGACAUCUGUCCUUAUGCAGUCUCGAAGUUUGACCUCCUCUUGCUGCUGGAUGACGGGACUCAGGUCCCCGCCAACAGGGAGGCUGUGGCCAGGGUUGAGGGGACAGACGGAGUCGGCUCUGAAUACUUUUGGACUCUGUUGAGAGGCGGAUUUGGAGAAGCUCAGGGUAAUGCGGAGGAAGCCAUCCGCAUUAAAGAUGUCAGCACAGGUAUGCUGCUACCAGUGCUGCAUUACCUGCAUGGAUGUCGCCUCACCAAGGACACAGAAACAACAAGGGAAAGUGAUGUAGGAGAGAGGAGAGGACAGUGUCAGAUCCUGGACACAUUGGUCCUUGAAGGACUGGGGAUCUGCCAAAAAGAGACAGAGGAUCACUCAACAGAAGACUUUGCUUUCCAGAAGACCGCUUUAGGUGAGAUGAUGAUUGGAGCGUGCAGAUUUUUGGUGACUGAGCUGCAGAAAGAGUUGGAGGAUCUCUGCGUGUCUCUUCUCCUGUCCUGCUCCACCAAGGCUGCUAGUCGAGCUGCAUCAGCUCCCACAGAGGACAACGCUGAAAAGGCUGCAUCUCAAACGGACCAAGAAGGCCUCGAGUCUGCUGAGGAGAAACUGGCUAAUCGAACAUCUGAGUUAGAGUUGACUGGUUUUGAAAUCCAAACAGAAAAUUUACCAGGACAGACGAAGAAACCAAACGGUUCCUUACACCAGACAGACAGUAAUAAAACCUUUUUCGCUGCAACUGUUCGAAAGGACAGCAGAGGACUUAAUACAACUUCUGAUCAUAAGACCAUCCAAAGUUUCACUCCAGUUUCCAAAUCAAGCUGUGCGUCAGUGGUGGACAAAUCACUUAAUCCAGAAGAGUUCAGGUUAAGACCAAAGAACUUGAUGAAAAGUUCAGCACAGCUUCUGAAAUCAGCUGCUCAGGACUCCCUUUCUUCCUCAGAAGCCAGUGCAGGAGGUGGGGCCUUGGCUGCUCUCCUCCCCCAGGUAUACUGGUUUUCCCAGCGAUACAGCUACCCAGCACUGGGUCGGGCCUGCCUGUCUUUGCUGCUGGGCUGCCAGGACUGUCCUCGGCCCUUCUUGUCCUCCUCCCUUGCUGGGGAUUGCCUUCGCAGACUUGCCAGAGAGUCUGACUGUACAGAGACUCUGAAACAGGAUCUACUACGUUUGGCCACAGUAGCUCUCAGCUGAGCAAGCAGGGUAAUAUUGAGUGGAGUGAUUGGUGGCAUGAAUUCAGAAGGCACAGAUUAAGUGAGAGUCAACUAUGGGCUUGUUAUAAGCUUCUAGAAACGUUGCCAUUGUAUUAUCAUUGUAUUACUUUUAUCGAAAGUCUGGAAAGUACAAGUGCAGGUUUCAACAACAGCACGAUUACCUGAAAAACAUGCUGUAUGAAUUUCUUCAGCACUGACAGAACUGACUGUUGAUUUAUUUUCAUAAACUGGAAGCAUACAUUUCUAUUUAGUUUUGAUGUAAUCUGAUAUAAACUGUAGCCCGUCCCAGCAUGACAUAAUUGUAUUAUAAUUUAUUGUUGGAUUAACUUCGAAUGACAUUUGUAUUGUGAAUUUUGUUUAGUUUAGUUUUUUUUUUUUUUUUGGAAAAGCUCUUCGCAAAUGUCCACAAUGCAUUUGAUAAAAUGUCAUUUAGCUGGAAGUACUGGAAUUAUCAAGGUUGGUUUAGGAACCAGUUGUUUAUUUUGUACAUAGAGAUAAUAGAUUGGUAGAUAUACAGUGUAUAGAUUCCAACUGUCCCAUAUUAAUUUAUGCCACUGAAUAUAUUGUUGGAACUUA